AUGGCUUUCUUGAGCUGCCUCCCGGGCCUCAAGGUCGACAUUAAGGCUAAUGGUGAACUUGCCAAGGAAUACGAUGCGCCGCCAGACGAUGUCAAGGCGGGCUCAAAGAAGUACAAGUUCCACAAGUUGUCCUCGAGGAUUAGUGAGGAAGAUCCAUACGCGUUGGCUUAUGUGGAGUCAAAGCCAGGAGAGCAGUUCGAAGUCGCCAUCGACAGACCACGCUACUUUGAUCUCCUGGAGGCACCGGUCUCAGAAAAGGACAUCAAGAAACAGAUUGAAGAAGCCAGCAGGAAGAGGUUCUAUAGCUCCGCCCAAAACAUCCGUUGGAAAGGUGGCAGAGAAGGCCCUAAAGGGGAAAGCAGUAGACAGCAGAGCCACGGCCUUAUUCGGGAGUUCAUUGUACCCCGACCCAAAGAAGUCAUUGAUGUCGAGGAAGAGUUCAUGCGUAUCAAGCGUAUCAAGCCCGAACUUGCCGUCGAAGCCCGUGGCAUCAAGAGAGAGCCCAUGGACGCAGCUCUGUUCGCUUCCCGCUACAAACAGCGCCGGUUGGAAGACGGCAAGGUUGAGAUUGAUCUGACAGACGACUGA